AUGGCACGUGGUCAACAAAAAAUACAAAGUCAACAGAAAAAUGCUAAAAAGCAAGCAGAAAUGAAAAAGUCUAAUAUUGAUCAGAAGAAGGCGGCUGCUAAAGCAUUGAAUUACACAUGUCCUGUGUGUAAAACUCAAGUGCCUGAUUUGAAAACGUAUAAACAACACUUUGAAAAUAAACAUCCUAAAAGUCCAUUGCCACAAGAAUUGAUUGAAGUGGCUGCUUAAUGCUGUUAGUUGAGUGUGUAGACAGGAUAGGAGAAGGCAAAAUGCAAAGCAGACAGGCAGACAGACAACACUGAACAGAUUUCAUUUGAACUUAUUUUCCAUGUUUUUGCAAUCUCCAUCCCCCGUCACCCCCACCCCCGCAAAAAAUACAACAAAAUUUCAUGAGAAUUGUUUGUGUGUUUGUUUGUUUUUCUAAAUGAAAAUAAUUAAAUAAAUAAAUAUACAUUUAGUCAUCAGU